UCCAGCCAUGAGCGCCGACAUCUGCACUGAGGUGGUUUCAUUUGACUGUGUUUCAGUGUCUUAAUUAACUGGGAGUCACAGCACAGCACUUGCUUUAACUGGCUUCUCUGAACCUGAAAGCAGAGGGAUAUUGAGAGAGAGAAGAGAGAGAGAGAGAGAAGAGAGAGAGAGAGAAAUCCCAAAGCCAGAUCCAGUGUCCACGAGUUUGAAUAGCUGAGUCUCUCCAAGCAGCAUGGUCCUCAUUGCAUUUGGAUUGCAUUUCCAGCUCCUCUUCAGCUAUGUAUUAUCUCAGUCCUCCUUCAUGGACAACAUCUUCUCAUUUCCAGGAGCUCUCAAACCUCUGGAACAUAAGAAAAGAAGUCCUGGCAGUAUAUGUUGUCUUUUAAUGCCUCCACCACCACUAUCUCCUCCUCCUCCAUUGCAGCGAGAACGCAGGAGUCAGAAUGAAGAAAAGAACGUAGAUGAAAAAAAAAAUACGAAUUUCUGUGUACCAGGUCCUGCAGGGCCCUCUGGGCCAGCUGGACCACAGGGUACACCAGGAAUUCCAGGUGUAAUGGGACCAAAGGGGGAGAAAGGAGAAAUUGGCAGACCUGGAUCAAAGGGAAGAACAGGUCCACCAGGCCUCCCAGGAAAGCAAGGGCCACCGGGAUGGUCAGGACCAAAUGGGCCUAAGGGUGAAAAGGGAGAUCCAGGGCUAAUGGGACUGCCAGGUGUAAGAGGACCAACGGGCCCCAAGGGUUUGCCUGGAUUUAAAGGAGAGAAGGGAUCGAGAGGAGAAAGAGGGGAAUCAGGCCACAAAGGAGAGAAGGGCAACAUGGGUUAUCCUGGAAUGCUGGGACAGAAGGGAGAAAUGGGUCCAAAAGGAGAGUCCGGGAUAGUAGGUCACCGCGGUCCGACCGGAAGACCUGGAAAGAGGGGGAAACAAGGAGUAAAGGGUAACACCGGUGCUUCAGGACCGCUAGGCCCUAUGGGUCCUCCUGGUCCUGCUGGGCACCCGGGCCCACCAGGACUUCCUGGAGCAGGGCAUGUACAAGUCGGACCAAAAGGUGACAAAGGAUCCCAGGGGCGCCCUGGUCAGUGUUCCUGCUACACCCCAGUGAGCCUGAACCACCCCCCCUAUGAGGGACCCUCACCUGAAGCCAACUACCCCAAAGUCCCAGCGAUAUUUGUGGUGAAUAAUCUAGAGGAAUUGGAAAGGCUAAACACUGAUAAUGCGCUGGCAUUCUGUAGAGAUCAGCAGUCGCUUUAUUUCAAGGACACUGAAAAAUGGCUUCCAAUUCAGCUCUCACCCUUCCAACGUAUUGAGAACCCCCCAGAUCCCGAAGGCGUCUGUGGGGAUGGGUUAGUUCAGGAGCACAACGGAGAGGACUGUGAUGAUGGUAACAAGGUCGUUACAGAUGGCUGCAUCAGAUGCAAAAAUGCUUAUUGUGGAGAUGGGUAUCGUUAUGAUGGAGUAGAAGAAUGUGAUGGAAAAGACUUUGGUUAUCAAACAUGUAAAACAUAUCUUCCUGGGUCUUAUGGAGAACUUAAGUGCACCUCAUACUGUUUCAUUGACUCCACAAACUGCAAGUUUUUUACAUGAAGGAAAAAAAACAGAAGCAUGGGUUGCAUCCCACAGUGUCAUGUACCCCUGGUGCUAUUACCCAAUCAAAAAGACUGAGGCAAUGCAAAAACAAAACAAAAAACUAAAGGCAUACAAAUUCAAACCCUCCGUUCUCUUGCUGCUGAAAGGAGUGUAGCUCAUGGGAUUUCUGUAACCCAAAUGUUCGUCCAGAAACACAUAGGACCAUUGUAUUCUGUCUUAAUAAUUCAACAAAGGGUUCAUUAUGGUUUGCUAGGUAGAACUCUAAGGCUCAUCUUAGCAUGCCUGAAGAUCCUUUCUUUCAAGGUGAAGAAGAUGAAGGGAUCGUAGAUGCGGUCCUUCAGAAAGACUGGUGUAGAUGGAACAAUAUUACCUCGACGUAGCACUGUUAUAUAGACCAUUCAGGUUUUUAGCACUGUUAAAUAGACCAUUCAGGUUUUUAGCACUGUUAAAUAGACCAUUCAGGUUUUUAGCACUGUUCAGGUUUUCACCGUUCAGGUUUUUUGGGGACUUCAGAACAUCAGUAUUCUGGGUGAAAAAUGUAUCCUUUUACUUUAAUGUGAAGUAAUAUGUAUCACAUCUGCAUGACGAAUAUUCAACAAAGGAAGAAUGCUUUAAUCAGGGAGACACAUAUUCACCUGUUUAUCAGUUUCUUGGGAUGCUAAUUAAAAAUACAAGGCUUGACUUCAUGAGGGGUUAGGGUCAUUUUCAAAAAUGCAAACAUUCAAAUUAUGAGAACAUUACCAAAGCUGCCAGGCGUUGUUAGGGGAUUCUCACCUGGAACAGCAAACUCAAAUAAGCUCACACAUUGUACACUGGCAUAUAUGUCACUAAAGACAUAUAAUGACAGUUCUUCUUUUUUAACUGUAUAUCUUGGGAGCAGCUUUAGGACAGGUUCCUUUUUAAAAGUCCAUGCUUCAUUUCAUGGGCUAGUGUUCCUACAAUUUCAUUUACUCAGGCAAAGACCAAAAACAGAGGACAGACCUUUACAAAAUUGCCCAGCAACAUUCUACCAUUCUAAUUAUUUAACUAAUAAUUCAGUAAUAUUGAUAAAUGUCAGGACUGAAUAUGUACUUUAAAACGGGGCCCUCUUAAAAUUUAGCAGCAACAAUUGCCUAGUUUGAAUUAACUAUUGGAAUUCUGCAUUCUGAAACUCUGUAUGAUUACAUUAAAAAAGAAAUACAUAUAUAACUGUAUCUCUCCAGAGUUAGGUACUGUACAUUCUUCAGGUUCUUGCAAAGACUGUUAUUUUGUUUAAUAUCUGAAAUGCUGCACUGCUAUUAAAUGCUUUUUGCUGCUAUUUACCUUUGAAAGGCUCAACAUUUUAGAAUUUUUUUUUCAGGGGCUAAAAUGGAAUGUGGCUUUAACAACCAUUUAGAUGAAGCCAGGUUUGCAAAUUUGACAUACAUCAUUGUCAAUGAAUUGAUUAUGUCAGCCGUAAUAACCAGUGCCCAGUAGCAUGGCAUAGUUAGUGAAAAGCCACCUAAUCACUGAUUAGUACUAGCAGUAGUACUGGGUGGUUGCAGUACUAGUCUUUAAUUUGCAUAUUACUAUUUGUGAAUGAGCUGCUGUGAAAAAAGCCAAUGUAACACCUUGAAGCUUCGAAAAUCUGCGAUUGUCUGUGCACAUUUCUAUUGACUGCAACAUGUACUAUAUAUACAUAGAAGAUGAAAUAACAUAUCUAGGAAUGCACAUGCAUAUCUUUUUGACCGACAUUUGAUUCACAUUUGAUAAUAGGAGUCAACAAGAUAGCUUACCCAGUGCAUGUGCUUCAUGCAUCAGGGAUGGAAUUUAAAAUGUUUUUUUUUCACUUCCUCUACCAGUAAUGUGUGUAGGAAAAAUAGAGCAUAUUAAUGUAAAAUGACAUGUACACAUCUUUUUGUUUUAGUGUUUUGUAAACCAUGGUGUUAUGAUACCUCUGCAUGUUACUGCCAUUCAAAUGCCAACAGAAAUAAAAAAAAAAAAUCAGUUGACAUGAAAUCACUGUGAUUUUCUA